CCAUGACAUUCAGGCUAAAAAUCGAAGCUGAUGAGCAAUCCUGUAAUAGUGUGUAAUAUCCUUGCGGCUAUGCAGCCAAAACUCUACCAACAAAGAAAUCAGUUAAAUAAAAAUAGACCUAACAAACACAUUAAAAUAUUUAUCUUUCCUUAUUAUUUAUCGAUAUUUUGUUGAUAAAAAAUGAAUUCUCAAAUCCAGACAUUACAUGAGACGCCACUGCCUAACUAAACAAAUAAUCAUAAAAAAACCUACCUAACCUCAAUUUUAUUGUUAUUAUUUUGAUUUGAUAUAAGAAAAUGAGCAACGAAAACUCCGUUAUCUACGGUCUAGAGUUCCAGGCCAGAGCCCUAGCGCCCCGUCUAGCGGAAACCGAAAAAAUCCACUUCCUAAUUGGCACCCAAUCCCUGAAGCAAACCAACAACCAAAUCCAUCUAGUCGAAUUCAACGAAGAAAUCUCCACAAUUAAAACCUCGGUUUUCCACCAUUCCGAAGGAGAAAUAUGGAAAAUUACCACCAGUCCUUUGGACGCUUCAAAACUUGCAACUUGCUAUAACGUAGUAGCAAACGAGAACAGCUGCAGCUUCAAAACCGCUAUACUCCAACUCCCAGACACAGAAAACCCCGAUAAUAUUGAAAAUUUGGAAAUCCUAACCAAAUUCGAUACUAGCCAAUAUGGCAGCGAAAUAAAAACCACAGAAUUCCACCCCAACGACCCAGCAAAGGUAGCUAGUGUAAUCGAUAACAACAUAAUCCUUUGGGAUGUAUCAGAAACUGAUGCAAAACCCAUAAAGUCUUUCCAACUAGAAGGCAAACACAACCCCAAAUUUACAACAGGCAAGUGGAACCCGCACCAAAACUGCAAUCAAUUUACAGCUGCAACAGAAACCCAUUUAAAAACUUAUGACAUCAGAAUGGGAGAUUUAGCUUGGCAAAUCGAUAACGCCCACGACCAACUAAUCAGAGACUUAGAUUACAACAUGAACAAACAGUACCAUGUAGCCACAUGCGGCGACGACGCCUUUGUUAAAAUAUGGGACUUCAGACAACCCACAAACCCAGUUUAUUCAAGGAAUGAACACUCCCAUUGGGUUUGGUGUGUGAGAUUCAAUCAUUUUCAUGAUCAAUUAAUAUUGACUGCAAGCUCUGAUGCCCGGGUACUUUUAUCGAGCGCAGCAAGUGUCAGCUCAGAGAAUAAUAUUGAUAUGAGUGAAGAUAAAACUGAAAGUAAACCUUUGUUGUCUGAUGGUCCAUUGCAAUGGUGUGAGCAUGAGGAUAGCGUUUAUUGUGCUGAAUGGUCACCCUCAGAGCCUUGGGUGUUUGCUUCCUUGAGCUACGAUGGGAGAUUGUUGAUUUCUAGAGUUAAAAAGUCUUUAAAAUAUCAAAUAAUGUUAUAGAGGAAUUUUGUUUUAUGUAUUUAUUUAAGAAAUAAAAAUUUGUUUGUGGAUAUGUA